AAUAAAUACAAAUCCGGUAAAGGGCAGCGGUGAAAUAGACGAAUAAGUUUCUCAGCACUCCCGAGAAAGGAGCUCAUUUUGCCCGGUGUGCGUCGUCUGAGGAGUGCAUCAUCUAACCUCCGCUGGGUGGCUGGCUGGCCCUGAGUCCACCGGCAAUAGGUCUCAUCAUCUUUCCCCUCCUCCUUUUCCUCCUCUUCCUCGACUUCGUGCAAGGGCUGCGCAACAUUAAAGUAGAGGUCCACAGAGAGUUCAAACUCGCUACUUAAGACGCGCUCACUCUUUCUUGCAUUGUGCAGUUUGGCAAGAAAAGAAGAAGCGUAUCUACUCAGCAUUUAGAGCAGAUUUCACGAGAAGGGCGCACUUGUUCGGGUCCUAGAAAACUCCGUUCAAACUCGCGUUGGAAAUGCUGCUAAAAAGAGUUAUUCGUGCUGUCAUCAUGGGACCUCCGGGGUCGGGAAAAGGAACGGUGUCUGGGCGCAUUACCAAAACUUUUGGACUAAAGCACAUUUCCAGUGGGGACAUUUUGAGAGCCAACAUCAACGCUCAGACCGAGCUCGGGCUGCUAAUGAAGUCCUGCAUUGAUCAGGGUCAGCUGGUACCUGAUGAUGUCAUGUCUCGUCUCAUCCUGAAUGACCUGAGAGCGAUAGACAACAACAGCUGGCUGCUCGAUGGUUUUCCUCGUACAGUAUCCCAGGCGGAAGCACUAGAUGACGUCUACACUGUGGACACCGUCAUCAACCUCAAUGUACCUUUCCAAACCAUCAAGCAAAGGCUGACCUCACGUUGGACUCAUCUUCCAAGCGGCAGAGUAUACAACAUAGAUUUCAACCCACCUAAAGUCCCUGGUUUCGAUGAUGAAACGGGGGAGCCUCUGGUCCAGAGGAAUGACGACAGACCAGAGACGGUCACACGGCGACUGAAGGCCUAUGAAACCCAGACAGAGCCUGUCUUAGAGUACUACAGGAGUAAAGGUGUGCUUGAGACCUUCUCUGGGACAGAAACCAACAAGAUAUGGCCGCACGUUGAGGUUUUCCUAAAGAGAAAACUGUCCUCCAUCAAUUAGAAAGUAGUGUAUGAAGUGUGAAGAGUUUACCAGCAGAAACCAGUGUGUGCAUUGUGCAGUCAAAAUGUAAUAUAUUCUGAAUGUUUGAAAUAAAGCUAAGCACUUACUUAUUUUUAUGAGUACAGGAGUGCAUGGAGGUAAAAUGCCACUAUUUUUUUUUUUUAAUGUUUAGGAUGGUACUGUUUCCACAAUGUUGAAAUUGGGUUUUGGAAAAUCUCAGGGUGUGUGCAAAAUCUUUUAAACAGUAGUUUUUGGCUUUGCACAGAUUUCCUCUUCACUUCUUAGCGUGCCUUUAUGAAGCCAGCAUAAAACUCAGUGACUCCAAUAUGGAGCUUUUUAACAGUAAGUGAAGGCUGCGUUUGCAGGAUAUAACAGUGAAUGCAGCCAGUUUUAAUGAGUGGACUUGUGUAUGCAUGCUUAAGUUUCAGCUUGUCUAAUUGCAAUCAUUAGUUCCUGUCUGUUGAUUCUGAUGAAUAAGAGUGGGCACACACUACAAGACACCUUGAGGUAAAUCUACAAGAAUACAACUUUUUUUUUUUUUAAUGACAAACCCUCAGAAAAUGUAGUUUUGUUUUUUGUUUGUUUUUUUAAAAUUAUUAUUUUUUUGCUUUAGCAUAAGGUCUCCAUAACUGCCUUGCUGGGUUUGUUUUCCAUGCACUGGGCAGCUGCCCCAAAGGGAAAUGUGCCACAUUCCACAAAUUACUGUAAAUUCAUUUUUGCACUCAAAGUGCCUUUUGCUGCUUUUGACGAUAUAACAGGUGAUUAAGUGAAUGUAAAUAAUUUUUAAUGUAGUGGACCACAGAUUGAAAUCACAUUGAUUUUCUUUUUCAGUUAAUCACAAGAAAGCAUUAUUGUGAAACAGCUUC